UACAAAACAGGUACUGAGCAAAUAAGUUCUUCCGACAUUCUUAAAGACCAUACAUAGGGGCAUUAACAUCACAUGCUGCCCCCCAGUGUCCAGCAGUGGAAGGACCUUAGACUGUGGCCCUCACCCACAGAGCCUUGGUGUUGGCUGCACCGAGCUUCAGUGCGCCCUCAGCACGUACUCCUGCAGUCUGGAGCGGGCCAGCCGGCAACAUUCCCAGAUGGCCAUCUCGCUCUGCUGGGAGGUCAUCAAAGAUCGGACAGACCAAAGAGUGUCUUGAGACUUUCCACCAGCACUUGACCUCCAUUUCUAAACAUGUCCCUGGGAAAAGUCCGUAAAUCAGGGAGUCCUCUGUUACGGAGCUGUGUGGGAUGUACCAUCACAGGCGCACUUGCAUGGCUAUGAAUAAUACCUCUAGCCUGCAACAAAGGUGGUGGAGGUGCUAACAUGGAAACAGAGCCUUGUCACACUUCGUCAGAAGGACCCUUUGAAAUAUGGGGAGGAAGGUGAGUUUAUAGACUUGCUCAUUGCAUCAUUUAAAUUUCAUUUUUAUUUCCUCCAGCUCUGCACAACAACUUCCUUCAUUUCAUCCAUAACUAUUUCCCCAUGGACCUUUUCCUCUUUGUGGCAUGCAUUCUGGUAGGCGUGCCCCUAGGCCUGGCUGAUCCACUCGUAGACGAGGAGUGGGAUGUCUGGAAGCAGAGUUAUGGAAAGAUCUACUCUAACACGGAAGAAGAUCAAGCUAGGCGAGGAGUGUGGCUGGAAAAUCUGUGGCACAUUCAAGCUCACAAUGUUCUGUAUAGUCAAGGAAAUUCUUCUUAUAAAAUGGCCAUGAAUCAGUUUGGUGAUCUGACAUCUUUGGAGUUUAAUCAGUUGUACACUGAUAAGAAAAUAUAUGAAUUUUCAAAUCUCACCAUUGAGGGAUUAUUUGAUGUUGGAUUGGAAGAAUCUGAUGAAGUUGGUGAACUUGGUGCUUUUCCCAGAAAAAUUGACUGGCGUCAAGAUAGGUUGGUCAGAAAAGUAAAGCAUCAGGGGCGGUGUAGUUCCUGCUAUGCAUUUUCUGCUAUUGGGGCUCUGGAAGGACAACUGGCCAAGAAGAAACAUCAAUACAUGGAACUGAGUGAACAAAAUAUUAUUGACUGUUCAGAUGAAUUUAAGAACUAUGGCUGCAGGGGUGGCUUGCCAUAUCGUGCCUUUAAAUACAUGCGUGAUUAUGGCAUUCAGUCCAGUACAUCAUACCCAUACCGAGGAAAGAGAAAUGAUAAAUGCUUAUUCAAUAGUUCUCAGAGUGUCAUCAAAAUUAAAGGAUUUAAAAGGUUUAAGAACAAUAAAGACAAACAAUUGGCUCGUAUGGUUGCAAGAGUUGGACCAAUUUCUGUUCUCAUUCAUUCUUCGCAUAGUUCCUGGAGGUUUUAUAAGUCAGGUGUCUACGACAACAGUAACUGCAAGCAAAAGCUUAUUAACCAUUCAGUGCUCUUGAUCGGGUAUGUGGAUAGACGCUCAAAAAGCUACUGGAUUAUUAAAAACAGCUGGGGAACUUCCUGGGGUGAGAAUGGUUACAUGCGAAUAAUUAAAGGCAAGAACAUGUGUGGAAUUAACUAUUGCGCUGCGUAUCCUGAAAUCUGAAGAUUUUAGACUUCAAUGGCAAGGGUGAUUAUUUUAGAUAGUACAGUGUCUUGCAACUCUUUUGUGAGAAUCACAUUGUUAUACCCUUAUGUAAUAAAGAUGAAUUUGAUCUGGGAAGCCAGGUGAACCCGACUCCAUGAGGAUCAAUGCAUAUAGUUGUGCUGUUUAUUUUUCAAAUCCUUGUUCACUUUCACUUCUAAUUUGUUUGUGUGCUUCUUGUGAUUAAUAAAGGAGACUGUGCAUGAAUCUGUUUCUUGCAGUUUAUAUUUCUUUGAGAGAAUGAAUUAAUUGAUUCAAUAGAGCAGAGUCAAGAGUCGUCAAGAGAGUUUAUUGUCAAUUACAGACCAAAAAGGAGUUCAAAGGGUUUUUAGAUGAGGAAACCACCAUCAUAUAUCCCGAUGGACUCUUUCCCAAUAAUCAGUCACCUCCAAAAAAAAUCUUCCUUCCUCUGCAAUAAUCCCCCCAGAGCAGAUCUACCCCCCUCACCAAUAAUCCCACUCACGUCCAUUUCCACUCUCUGGUCACUUUUCCAGGUUCUCCCAAUCUCUCAAACUCUUGAGAUCAAGGCUGCUGAACAUUAUCCCCUCCUCAGCCCACUAUGAUAGUGUUCUGGAGCCCCUGACACUGAUCUUCUUUCUAGUCACCACCGCCAAACCUCUGGCUUCACAAAGUAAUGGUAAAAGCAUGGAUGGAUGAAUUUCCAACCUAGAUUGACUCAUCCAUUUCUUCAAAGGGCGGCACGGUGGCGCGGAAGUAGAAUUGGUGCCUUACAGCGCCAGUGACUCAGGAUUGAUUCUGACUAUGGGUGCUUGUCUGUACGGAGUUUGCACGUUCUCCCCGUGACCUUCGUGGGUUUUCUCCGAGAUCUUCGGUUUCCUCCCACACCC